UAGAUUUUGUUUUUAUUGGAAUUAAAAAAAUGUGGACGACUAAAUUUUUAAAAGAUGCUCUCAAACAUAAGAGAUUUGUAAAUUUUCAUUUGAUACGUUUGCGAAGUGAUCUAAAGGAAGUAUCACACACAGGACAAUUAUGGGCAGAGGAUGACUACCGAAAUGUACGUUUUAUGAACGCUAAACGUUGGGUAAACAAGAACUGGGGCGCCGUAUUCGCACAUGAAAUAGAAACUAUAAUAACGCCAGAACGUGUAGUACAUUGUGAUGGCGAUGGUGCACUGGGUCAUCCAAGGGUCUAUAUAUGUUUGGACAAACCUACCAAGCAUUGGUGUCAUUAUUGUUUGAAAUCAUUUGUAAAAACAGAAUUUGCGGAUGCUAUACUCGGAGAAGCGCAUAAAGUAAAAAGUGAAUUUAAGAAAUGAUUAAGAUACAAUAUUUCGUCAGACAUCUCAAAACACUAAAUCUAUUUGUGCCGACUAAUACCUCAGUAUAUACUAACACUGUGAUUUGUAUAAACAAAUCCACCUCGUUUAUAUUUGUUAUUACUAUUAAAACCAGAACUUAAUAUACACAUAUAUGUAAAUGCAAUAUUCUGCCUCAACGA